GCACCAAAAGGGGCGGGAAAUUUGGUACUGGUGGAGCGUUCUCGGCUGUUCCAGUAGCAGAUUGAUUAACAAAAUUGGUCAUCGACUAUAGCAGCUAGCGACACUUUUUCCAAAGUAUUGUGAAGGGAAAUGCUCGAUAUAUGGCUGAGGGAGAACUAUACAAGUUAUGUAGGUUGAUGAACCUCUGAACAUGGUAAUGUAACUUUCAAACUAGCAUAACUUCAUCAUCACAUCACCAUUUGAUUUAGUUAAUGACGUUACCGUUAACCAGUUGGUUUGAUAUCCCAUUAUCUUUCAGCUAACUCACGUUAAAUAGCUUUUGCUGUUCUAUAUACAAGCUGGUAACGAGACGUCGUUAUACAAACUACAUAGUCCUUUUGGAUUGUAUCGUUUCAAUUGUCGAUAUGGAUUCAUUUGGCUAACGUUAACCUGUCUUUCUAAACAGUUGGCUACAUUUCACUUACUUGCUGCUCGAGACUAGCUAACGUUAACUGGGAACCACUGUUAUCACGCACUUUGAUAUCGAAAUAGUACCCCCCCCGUAACCGGUUGAUAAUAGUGUAACAGAAUGAGACUGAGAUUAUGGCUAGAGAAACGGUCAUCUAGCGAAAAUGCUCUCCUGACCUGCUACGAAAAUCACUUUGUAUCGAAGUGCGGUGAAGAGGGUUUCCCUAACUCUGUCGGUGUGGGGAAACCAUGCCUUAACUAACGUUAACUCACUAGCUAGUCUAAUUAGCAAGUACCAUAGCUAGCAAGCAAUUUGGCAUUGUCUGUAGAUAGCUAGGCUAACUAGCACAGGCCAGGGUUCUGUGUGAGCUCUGAUUCGCUUGCUAGGUAGCAGCAACAAAUACUAGAAGUUGGCUUAGCCAAAGAUAACCGGAAGAAUAUUCACGAGUGUCACUUGCUGGAACUUAAACCAAUAGAAAAUUGCACGAGCCUAAACAAACAUGAAACUUGUUGCUGGUUAACUCCACAGGUGGGCUAUGUUUGCCCUAUUCAUGUCGGUGUUUUUCAGAUCCAUCAAUCAGCAUUGGAGUAGUUGUCUACAUAGAACGUUACUUUGCGUCACCAUGUAGCUUCGCAUGGGUGGCCUGGAACGUCGCAGGCGUUUCUGAAGACAUCGUGAAUCAGCUAAAAGAGGACACCAGGAUGAGCAAUCAAGAGAAGAUGGAAUUGGACCUCGAAAUCCCAUCUUCACUAGUUCAGAGUGAUGGACAACUGAGACGUUCCAACAGUGCCCCAAUGAUAAAUGGCCUAAGUGAACAUUCCCAGGUGUUCCAGAGUGAGAUUCUAUGCAGCAGGAGAAACAGCACCACUGUUGUCAACCGCCCUAAUAUAGUCCCUUCAUCGCCCAUUCGCGUCCCCAGCACUAGGCUUCAUCAGCUCAAACAGGAGGAAGGUGUAGAUUUGAUGAACAGAGAGACUGCCCAUGAACGGGAGGUUCAAGCAGCCAUGCAGAUGAGCCAGUCCUGGGAGGAGAGUCUGAGCCUGAGCGACAAUGACUUUGAGAAAUCUGCAUCGUCGUCUCCAAAGCGGAUCGACUUUAUGCCCGUGUCCCCUGCCCCAUCCCCUACUAGAGGGAUAGGGAAAAAGCAGUGCUUCUCCCCUUCAUUGCAAAUCCUGGUGAGCAGCCAUGGCCUAUCCCCCAGCACUAUACCUAGCCCAACGCGACGCUUCAGCCGGCGGAGCCAAAGUCCCAUUCACUGCAUCAGGCCCAGCAUCCUGGGGCCCAUCAAACGUAAAGGGGAGAUGAUGGAGACUGAGAGCCAGCCAAAGAGGCUCUUCCAGGGGACCACCACAAUUCUGUCCUCUGAUGUACUUGUGCCCCAAGUCCAACUGCCAGACUUCACCUCCUGUCUCUCUCCGCCGGACGUGCUGGAUGGCAGCCUUAGCAGUGUGGGUUCUUCCACUGGCUCGCCAUCUAAGAUGGAGGGCAUCUCUCAGUCUCCUUCCUCCAGUAACUCUCCCUUCAACCCCCUCCAGGACCACUCCCCAAAAUGAACAAGGGAACAUGAGACUCUAAACAAGAGUGAAGGCAUGAAAGCCACCUCAACUGUAUGACUCCCUCCCCCCCCAUCACUUUGCUUUAGCUAAUGUGGGAAUCCCUUCCCAUGCUGUUUGCUUUUGCUAGGCUGUUUGCUAGGGGAGGAGAAUCUUGGUGUUUGCAUUGAAAGGAAACCAAAGUCCUGGAUGUGAGCUGUGGACACACCAUGCUGUAGUAGACUACAUGGUGCUGCUUAGCCCCACAGUGACCAGAACAGCCAAGUUGUCUACCCUGCAUCACAUCACUGUCAGCUUCCAGCCCCAUCCCCUAUUUCCUUUUCCAGCUUCACACUGGAUGGAGAAAGUCGCUCACUAAGUCAGUUUUCCUUAUAGAAAACUAAUUCUCCAGGUGUUUUUGGUGUGCACAAAACUGUCUGCAGGUCUUGUAUGAAUGAAAGGAUAUAACUUGUUGUUCCCGUUGUAAGUAUGUAUAUAAUUUUUCAUGUCAAUGUGUCAUUAGUUUUAUGUUUGAUUGGCUGAGUGAUGAAUGCAGGUGCACAGGGCUUCAAAAGUGAACUGACAAUUCUCUCGAGGGGAUUGGAAAUGUUCUUACUACUUGUCAUUAUACUGAAAGAACAGUUUUCAGUAUAUAUCCUCAGUAGUCCCCAAGAUGUGGGGUAUCCUUCUGGUUAAUUUUCUAAAUUUGGUACUUAAUCUGGCCCCCCUCUGGUAUUAGUUAUCCCUGCAGAUUUUACUAGGAAGGGAAGUAAGCAGGGGGCACACAGCCUGGGUCUCUGAGUCCUACUGCCUGGAUAUAUCUGUAGACCUGCAGGAUGUGCAACAAUUUUAGUUUUUACUUCUGAAGCUUUUUGGAAAAUAAUUGUGUUUUUGUUUUAAGCCACUUUGUAAAUGUAACUGUCUUUUUUUUAGGCUACAUUAUUGCAUUUUAUACUGAACAUUAGAAUAACUCACCCUAUUCUCAAUACUCUGCAAUUAAAUCAAUAGAUUGGUUUAGGAUGAGCACACUGAGGUAGAGGACAGAACAUGGUGCCAUUUCAAAAGGGAUUCAGUGAGUGGGCUUAUGUCCGUCUACUGUGGUCAACAUUUGUCCGAAAAGCUUUGUGCAGAAUGUGUCACUGGAUUGGUUGGUUAUGAAUAACAUUUGCAAUGAACAUUCAUAAGCAAUACCAAAGAGUUAUCAGGGGAACUGUGAAGGCAAACUUCAGUUAUACACUGAUUCACAAAUUCAUUUUAAGGCCGCUGUGAAACAUUUGGGUUAAGUAAUUUCAGUUCAACUCUUACAUUUGAUAUUUUCCCCUCGUUCAGGGUAUGGCAUCUUUACAAAGGGAGAGGGAGACUUCAUGUACAAAAGUGAUUAUACAUUUUCAUUGAUAUGUAAAUGAAACAGCGUUAUGAAUAGUGAAUAUUUUUAAAGAAACUGCAAGCUGGUCGAUCAGGUAUGCUUGCACUGCUGUCAACGUAAUUGGUUUAGUAAUUGUGUUUUUUGAGGGGGGGGGGUUAUAUCCUGUUCAUUUUUCAAUUAGUCUGAUUGUCUAGGGCAUGAGAUCGGCAAAGUAAAUUAAGUGUAUAUGGGUGGGUCGUAGACUUGUUAGACUGCUUGUCAAAGUUUUGAACAAGGGUAAAUAAAUUGUCUAUUUCCAUUCAAUGA